AGGGGUUCAACAUCGAUUUGAGGAUUUGGCUCCAUCUUCUCUCUUUCUCAUGUAUAUUGAACGGCACCAUCUUUUCUCUCUUUCUUAGAACACCACCGAUUUGAAGAUUAAAUCUGGGAGAUAUGACGGUCGAAUAAGUUCGUUCUCCCUAUUCAACAACCAUUAGUUUAUAGGGAAUCAAGUCUGCAAAGAUCGGUGGCUACGGAGAAGAGUUCCCGGCUGUAGAUGGUGAUUGAGGUAGGUUCCGACAGACAAACUGAGGUUGCAAAGUACACCAGCAGUUAGCUACUCUUAGGAUUAUUGUCAACCCCAGUCUGAGGUUUACACAGAAGAACAUGAAAAUCUGUUGGGUGAGGCUGCUGGGAAAUAGGUUUGGGUCAGAACUGAUGCCCUUAAUGUUGCUUGAAACACCACUGCUGCUAUUGAAAGAUCCUGGCCCCAAAACCCUAACCACUGCUUGCUUGCUCGAGAGAAGACUACGAUUUUGUUUAGAUGGACGUGAUAGGAAAGCAACUAGAUGUGUUGAUGGAAGUCAAUCAGAAUGGUGAUGUCACAAAGUUAAUCGGAAGUACUACGAUCGUGACGUCGACUAUUUCUUCUUAGUCGGCCUCGGUUAGCAUGAACUCUUUCAACUCGCUGUAAGUAUAACAAAACUAACUUUUUUAUAUAUAGUAUAAAUAUUGCAAAAUAUGUUACACGAAUGAUAAGACCUUGAUUUUGUUUGAUUAUAACUUGGAUAUGAAUAUGUUUUGUUCUUUAUUGAGUAAUUCAUUAGAAUGCGAAAUUACGAUGAUGGUUUUUAGCGAGCGCAACCGCAACAAGUUUUAAACUAACGGACUGUAACGGUAAUUUUCAACAAACCACAGGGACGUACAACAUAAUUAUUUUUUACGGACAAAAUGGCCAUUUAUUUCUGAUAAAACUGUUCUUGAAUUCUGUCCAACAGAUCUUAAAGGCAGACGAUGUGGAUUUGGCUGUAAUUGUUAGAGGAACACCUGGAUUUUCUGGUGCCGAUCUGGCAAACUUGGUUAACGUUGCUGCUCUCAAGGCGCAAUGGACGGUGCUAAAGCUAUAAGCAUGGCUAACCUUGAAUAUGCAAAAGACAAAAUCAUGAUGGGCAGUGAACGCAAAUCAGCAAUUAUACCAGAUGACGUCCGUAAGCUAACAGCAUACCAUGAAGGUGGCCAUGCUCUUGUAGCUAUUUACAUUGAUGGGGCCCACCCUGUGCACAAAGCUACAAUUGUGCCACAUGUUGGGAGAAGGCGGGUUCAGGUUGGUUUUCAAGGGCUGGAUAGAUGAACAGUCUUUCACUGCUACUAAGCCCGGAACCGGCAUUGUUAUUGCUGUCAAAAAGCUUCGUCAAGAAAGUUUUCAAGGUCACAGAGAAUGGCUGGGUUUUUGUAACGGGUCGCAGGAGGAUCAUAUUGAGCAACCUGAACGCGGCUUGAAGGUGGUGGAAGAGAGUGCUGAUGUGAUCAUUCUAGAUGAUAAUUUUUCCACAAGUGUCACUGUGGCAAAGUGGGGUCGCUCGGUUUAUGUGAACAUACAGAAGUUUGUGCAGUUUCAGCUGACAAUGAAUGUUGUCGCGCUAUGGUUCUCUAAUUAUAUCAAUUAGAUCUUUCACCUUGACAACUCAGAUUCUGAUUUGGUUCUCAACACCCUUAUCUUCAACUCAUUCGUCUUCUGUCAAGUUCGUUAAAUAAAUAAAUGACGUUCAUUUCAAAACCAAUAAAAUUCUUUCUUUGGUUGUUAAAAAACGAUGUAUAUAGAGUUAAUAAUAUAACUGAAUUUGUGACUA